AAGCUAAGACGACGGGUUACCGGCUGGUCCGGUAACCAAGGUAAAGUACUCGUUCUAUCUCAUUCACUGGGUCGUACUAUUCUCUUCUUUCUCUGAUUCUCUUCUCCUCCUAUUGCUAUUGACUGAUCACCGAUCGCUUGUUAUCUUCUAGAUAUGAGGACUGGCAGCAGGAGUAAAGGGGCCACGAGGAAGGAAACGAAAGAAGCACUGAAGCCUGUUGACGAUAGGAAGGUAGGGAAGAGGAAGGCUGCCCCAAAGGUAGAUAAAAGGCAGGCUAAGAAGGAAAAGAAGGCCAAGAAGGACCCAAACAAGCCCAAACGACCACCCAGUGCCUUCUUUGUUUUCCUUGAGGAGUUCCGGAAGACUUUCAAGAAGGAGAAUCCUAAUGUCAAGGCCGUCUCAGCUGUCGGGAAGGCUGGUGGAGAGAAGUGGAAAUCAUUGACUGAUGCUGAAAAAGCUCCAUAUGAAGCUAAAGCUGCAAAGAAGAAAGCAGAGUAUGAAAAACUUAUGAAUGCCUACAACAAGAAGCAGGAGAGCUCUGGUGACGAGGGUGAUGAGGGAUCUGAGAAGUCGACAUCUGAAGUUCAUGAUGAUGAGGAGGAGAGUGUACAGUUUCUUAUCAAUCAAUUGUCUAUAUAUUCUGUCUGCAGGAGGAGGUGGAUGAUGAGGAGGCAGAUGACGAUGAUGAUGACGAUGACGAUGAUGAUGAAUGAAGUUAUUAACCACUUCAAGACUUCUGGCUGAUUUACAACGUGGAUCCUGGCCAUGUAUGUUAAGAUGCUUCUAGUCUACAUUUUGGAAUGUAAAAUGGAACAAACUUGAAGUGUAGCCUUCUGUAUUCUGUAGCUCUGCACAGGGCAUUGUGACCAUUGUCGACUUUCAUGUCCGUGGCUUGUUCAAAUCGGUCGAUCUGCUUAAUAUACUAAUAGCUAGGAAGUUAAAUUACCAUGAUAUCGUUCGAGGGUA